AUGGACACGUGUUGCCUUCGGCACCUACCUUCGGUAGAAGACCUGCCGAUCGCAUUAUUAGGGCAACCUCGCCUCUCUGGACGCGUGGCAGUCCCACAAUUGAUGUCCAGAGUCCCACAUCGUAAUCCUAAACAAGUCGCACGCCUCCCAAGGCCUAUAAAGGAGGACAAUCAUCCCAGCUUGGAGAUCGCACACCCUACCGAGGACAUCAGAUACCGAAGAGACAAAAUCACUAAGUUACGCGGGAAAGUACCAAACCAUUUUUCUGCGUCAACAGUUUGGCGCCGUCUGUGGGAAAACGAUAAAAUCAACCUACAAUUCCUAAAAACAAAACAAAUGGGAACCACUUCGGGACCACAGUUCCUGUCAGAGGACGGAUUACCGUACGGUAUGCCAAGUGGAGCAAGCCCCGCGCUGCACCCUAGCACCCCCUUCGGUAAUCCUCCGGCGCUUCAGACCACGGUCGAAGCGGAACUUCUGGCUCAGAUGACCUCCCUUUGGAAGGAGAUGACUAAACUCCAAGAACGUAAUAAUCUCCUUUCGUCCAAGGUAGACGAAACCCAACGGUUGCUUAAUCAGCAGGAAACACAAAACGUUCAGACCACCGAAUCUUCCCAGAGUCAGCAGACCCCCGGUCGGCAGAAGAAGGGAAAGCAGGGGGCAAAGGCAACGCCUGCGCCCUCCAAACAGCUGGUGGUCCCGCCACCCCAGGACCAACCUCACGUACUGAAGAAGGUGUAUACCGAUUGUCGUCAUCGAAUAAAUGAUAAAAAGGAUGCCGAACGGCAUAGGUCCCCAAUCCGAAUAAACGCCCGCUUGAGGGACUCCCGGAUGAGGGUCCUGGGGGAUAAGUCGCCCAUUCGGAGGGUUCAGGGCUUGGAUUCGGCACUGGAGUCCGAUGAUGAGUACGUCCCCACCAGGGGCAACGAAUUAAGCUACCGUUCGGAAGCUCCCCCAGAGUACUCAAAAGCGAGAACACCAAGUCCGAGGAGAGCUUCCGAAGACUUCAGUUCCGAAGGCGUCCCCAGCCGAGACCCCGUCAUCCGCCUACUCUUCCAAAGAAUCCAGAAGAUGGAGGAUGACCGAACCCAGUCCUAG